AUGGCGCCGGUGAUAUGGGGCCUCGAUCUCGCAGAGAUCAAAUGGAGCAAGUUCGGCAACAAGAACAUGUGGAGUUCUGAAUACCACUUGCGACGGACCAAGUUCAUCGUCUACCAAUGCGCCCUCAUAUUCUGUGUGGUUUCCGAAUCAUUAGGCACGGCAGCACUAUCGGGUACGAUUCGCAUUCAGACUCCAGCCAGACACUACUGACCUCCGCGGCAGACUACAUCGAUGCGCAGGACUUCGUCAAGAGUGAGGCAAUUCGACGACAAUUCGGUAACAUCUACGUCUUCAACAAUGAUUACGUCGGAGUUGCCUCAUACAACAUCUUCGCCGGUGUGUUCGUCGCAUUCAUCUUCGGAGCAGCCUUCUUCUUCGAUCUCUUCUGGCCUGAGCGAUACGAGUCGAAAGGAGUUCGCAUAGCGUGGAAAGUAUGCGGCAUCAUGGCGUGCAUAUUCUACACGGCCGAUGCAUUCGCCUUGACGGUCAUCACGGCCUUGCGUUGCCAGACGUUCAGCGGAGGAGUACGACCGAACAGCAACGGUCCAAGCAUACUUUCAGAAUUUCAAAAAGAUGGCGGUACCCCAAUCUGUUACAGGGACAACGGGCGCGCAAUUGCAGCGGUAGUAUUCUGUUGGCCAGGCCUUCUCAGUGUGAUUGGGAGGUAAGAAGUCAUGGACGAUCAGCAUCGUUGCACUUUACUGAUGGCUUUUGCAGCUGCAUCCUGCUCUUCUACUCCCUCAAGCACAUCGAAAAAGGCCUCGGAGCCAAAUCCACCCACGCCCGCAAACGCGACGCAGAAGCCACCGGCAUCGAAAGCGACGGUGAGAAAGAAAAGGAACAGGAAGCAGCGCCAGCACAACAAGACCUUCAACCUCCACCACAAGCCCAUGUUCAUGCUACUCAGCCUGCUGAUGCGGCGCGUCCUGCAGGUGCCGCGCCGGUGGCCGCAUGA